GAUGGUGACUUUUGUAUGCCCAACAGCAGAGAACUGUCAGCAAUAAUUUCGUCUGUUGCUGCAACGACAUCACAUUUAAUGACAACAGUUGCAACUGGAAUAACACAUCCUACAACACAAUUACCACAUACUUCCAUCAGCAACAUAAUUGUAACAAAAAACAAGUGCAACGACAAAUCUUGCAGUAGCAAUAAUAACAGCAACAGCAAGAGCAAUAGCAGUGGCAUCGAUAACAAUGAUGUUGUUAACAGCGGCAACAAUGACAAAAAAAGCAACAAUACUAACAACAGCAACAAUAACAACAUAAAUGAUAACAAGCUAAAUGCAACAACACUGAAUAUUCCGGCAACAAUUGAAGAACAUCAACAAGAACAACAACAGCUAACACAGCAACAACUUAAAUUGCUACGGCAAAGCACUAGCAGCGAUGAUGAUUCCGCGAUGCAAUCAUUUGAACGCCGUGAUUCCAGCUCAAGCGGCUUUUAUACACGUAGCGGCUGCAGCGCAACUAUGGAAAGUGAAUACAGUGCAAUGGUGGCAUCGGUCUAUCAAAACGAAAUGGCCAAUAGUGAUAGUGCAUCUGUGGCAUCAGAUUUGACCCGCAUGUACGUCAGUGAUGAAGAUGAGAAGCCAGAAUUUCAAGUUACGCACUUCCAUUGAGGACAUUUUUACUAUUUAUGAAUACAAAAGUUAAUUAUUAAUAUUAAAUGUAACAAAUAUCUGAAAUCGUGGUACAAGGAACCGUUUGCCUUCAGUAAAAUUUAUUAUAGUAAAAAUAGUCAAAUUGUAUGUGAGAUAGGCGAUGCCAUCUUGUAAUUGCUGUUAAAAAUAUUUUUCCAAUUCGUUACAGAGUAAAUAUUUUUACUUAUUAAUUUUUUUUUUG